GAACGUAUGUAUAGUUGUGAGUGAAUUUAAGAAAAAAAUAAAAUAAAAAACAGAAGUUUCCAAUAAAACAGUUAGUUUCAAAAACGAUCCGUUUGUCCGCGUGACUGUUGAUUUCUCUGGAGUCGAUCAGGCUGAGGAAUGCCCCCACUCUUCGCGCAAGAGAUCCCAGUGGGGCCUAAAGGGGAAAAGCUGUCUAUGAGAAUGAGGUUGGAACUGCCCGUCUUGGUAUCAUUAGUCCUCACCUGUGUUUAGAGAAGGUGUGGAGGCAUGGCUCUGCGGGUGUCCCCAUUCCCUAACGGUUUUGUUGCAGGUGUCCACGCAGUUGGUUGGGCUCUCAUUCUGCCAUGUUUCUGGUUCCUGGACCGCCUCAUUGCCGUGUGCAUGUCCACUACUCAAGAGCGAACCCAACGACUGGAGCAAUGCCACCUCCACCCUCUCAAGGUGUUCUUUGGCUCUGUUGUCUUUUUUCUCCUUUUUCUCAUCUCAGCUCCCUUUGCCUUUCUGGGCUUUCUGCUCUGGGCACCACUCCAAGCCUGUCGCAGACCCUUCGCUUACCACAGAAAGGCAUCGUCCUCACUGGAGAAAGAGACGAACCAAGGCUUUGAGUUGAGCGGAAAGGCAUCUUUUGGCUUUGCAACGGCAAACCUGUGUCUGUUGCCAGACAGCCUGGCUCGCUUCAACAACCUCGGGCACACCCAGCAGCGGGCGACUGCCAUUGGCCAACACAUUGUGCAAGGUGUUAGCCGGCCACAUAUCCGCGUCUUUGUUGACUCUCCCAGCAGCUGUGGCACUCUAAGUCCAUCCAGCAGCCUUCUCCCCACAGCCAACCCCUCUGUGUAUGGGGCUACUGAAAGCCAGGCCCACCCACCUGUGAUUGAAAGCUUGGAUGGGAACUCUGUUGAAGAAGAGGUCACAGUCCCCAGUUGUGGCCAUGUGCCUGACACAUCCUGCAAUGAUUCAGAAGAUUCUUCUGCCUCUGAAACACCGACUCCCCUCAUCAACACCAACCACACCUCAAACCAGCAGGAGCGGGCAGUUCAUAAGGGUACUCCCCGGGCUCUACACUCCCGAGGUAUGGGCCAGGGGGACGACGUACCCUGGGAAGUAUCCUCGUUGUUCCCAGCCAAUGUGGAUAUCCUAUGCCUAGCGGAAGUGUUCGAUAAAAGGGCAGCGAAGAAGCUUAAAGAUGCCCUCCGACCCCUCUUUGGUCACAUCCUGUAUGAUGUAGGCAUCUACGCCUGCCACCCGCCCGGCUGCUGUUCCUCCUUCAAGUUCUUCAACAGUGGCCUGUUCUUGGCCAGCCGCUUCCCAGUGCUGGAGGCCAAGUACCACUGUUUCCCCAAUGGCCGUGGAGAGGAUGCACUGGCUGCUAAGGGCCUGCUUUCUGUCAAGGUGCUGAUUGGACAGGACCAGAAACGGAAGGAAGUGGUUGGCUUUUUUAACUGCACACAUCUUCAUGCACCAGAGGGUGAGGGGGAAAUCCGCUGUGAGCAGCUCAACAUGAUAACACAGUGGAUCGGCGAGUUUCAAGCCGUCAGCAAACGGCCUGAAGAAGUGGUUGUUUUCGAUGUGCUCUGCGGAGAUUUCAACUUCGACAACUGUUCACCUGAUGACGGUAUGGAACAGAAGCACGCUCUAUUUGAGCUCUACAGUGACCCGUGCAGAGCAGGGCCUGGUAAAGAGAAGUCAUGGGCAAUUGGUACUCUGCUAGAGCAGCCCACUUUGUAUGAGGAACACGUGAGGACUCCAGAAAAUCUACAAAGAACUUUGGAGCAAGAGGAGCUGAGGAAGCAGUUUAUCUCCCCUCCUGUACCUGCGGUUGGCUGUCCCCUGGCUUACCCCGACCUUGGCCAUCCCUGGGUUGGACGUCGGAUCGACUACGUCCUGUAUCGCGAGAGUUCCAUUGCAGAGCACUGCCGAACAGAAAUUGAAGAAUUUACCUAUGUAACCCAGCUGGCUGGCCUUACUGACCAUAUUCCCGUGGGCUUGAGACUGAAUGUAAUUAUGGACUCUGAGUGUGCUGGUGAAUGAGGACCAAAAUGGGCAGAAAGUGGAAAAAAUAUAUAUAUGUAAAAUGCCCGUGUCUGUAUGAGAACAAUGAUGUACAGUUGACCUGUGUUUUCUUAUACGACAAACUGUUGAUCAUUGAAAUUGCCUCAGGUGGGAUAAUUGAACAUCCCAGAGUGUUUGUCUGUUAACUGAAAUAAUACUGUAAAAAAAAAGCUUCAUCUGCCAGUGUUUUAUACAUGCAGGCCUUAUCAGGCCAGGGGAAUUGAUAUCUUGUACUGUUUAUUUCUCAUGGAGAUUUUUUUUCUUC